UUGGAUCGAUCCGCCCACCUGCAAUUGAUACAUUGAAAGCACAAGGAGCAUAAAAAUACAGUACAGUGCUCAUACUGUGUGUAAAGUUACACCACCACAUAGACUGUUGCCACUCACUCAGCCCAAUACCUUACAGGAGACGAGGGAGGGUCUGAGGGCUCGGCUCCCCACCAACAGCACCAUAAUCAGACGACAAGUCUCCUUACCAGCUGUCUGUACAAAAUUCAAUUCAGCCACAGUCUCACCGAAGGAAACAACAACCUUGCAAAAGCAGGAAAUGGAGACUGGUUGCAGUUCCAAGCUUUACUUUGUGUGUCAAGUGCAAUGAAGCGGUGAAUGGUGCAUUCAAAGCCUGCCAGGCCAUGGGACAACUAUUCCAUGAAUCUUGUUUCACCUGCAGUGUUUGUAGUAAAAAGCUUCAUGGCAAGCCGUUUUAUACCAUGGCAGGAAGUAUCUAUUGUGAGGGCGAUUUCUUGUACUCAGGAGUCCAUCCACCGCCCCCUGAAGUGUGCAACAGCUGUGGUCGCUCAAUCACGGACAUGGUCCUGCAGGCUCACGGGAAGUCGUACCACUCGGCCUGUUUCCGCUGCGCAGUCUGCAGACAGAGCCUGGUGGACCUGCCCUUCGCCGUUGGUAGCGACAACGAGGUUUACUGUAUCGUCGACUACCACAAGGCGCAGGCUCCCUGCUGUGCAUCCUGUAAUAAGCCCAUACUGCCAACUGAGGGUAGCACAGAGUCAGUUCGUGUGGUGUCAUUUAACAAAAACUACCACGUAGACUGCUACGGAUGUGAGGUUGAUUUUGUUUGAAGGUUUUAACAUUUAAUUGUAUACAAAUAAAUAAUAUUGUGCCUCAUC